CUGUUGUUAAUAAAGCAUUAAAGCUGAAGAACAAUAACGACAACCAUGGAUUUUAAAUGGCUAAAAAGAUACCGUUUGUUUUGCAUUGGAGGUUCAAUCAUCUUAUGUGUUCAAGUUGUAUUAGCAUUUGUGUUCUUUUCCAUUCAAGAAUAUUCAGUUGUCGAAGAACUAUCACCAAAUUCGUUGAACAGAUUAAGGAAUGUAGCUGAUUAUGGUAUUGGUGAUGACGAAGAAUCAAGUUACAACAAUGUUCCUAGUGGUAGUAAUCAUCGUAAUAAACUGCCACCAGACAAAGACAAUAGUGCAUCAUCAAAUGAAUACUUUAAUAAAGCGCUUCAACAACGGCACAACAACUAUAAGACUGAUAAUUUUAAAGUAUUAGGAGUAGAUGAAUUAGGUUUUGUUCCACCUUGUGAUAUAAGUGGUCGUGAGUGUGUAUCAGCAUUACAUCGUGCAAAAACUGAAACUUGUAAACAAAUCAUAGCAAACAUAUCAUGUCUUAUUAAGAUGAAUCCUCCAUAUCCCAAACGACUGCCUCAUCAAUGUCCAACUAACGAUGUAAAACAAAAUAAAAUAGUAGGAUGUUUUCGCGAUGGAAAAGAAAUUAAAUUAUUACCUGGUUAUAAAACUACUCUUAUAUAUACUAAUUCUCAAGAAAAUUGUAUGGAUCUUUGUCUUCAAUCUGGUUUUGCCUAUGCUGGAGUGGAAUACGGGACUGAAUGUUUUUGUGGUAAUGAAACUCCAGAAUGGGGCUUAAAACUUCCAGAUACAUUUUGUGAUAUGCAAUGUCCAGGAAACUUAAGUCAAAUGUGUGGCGGACAUUAUACUAUUAAUGUUUUUAAAACUGGUGUUUCUAAAUUCGUUGCUAAAAUUGCUUCAGAACCUUCACCAAAUUUUGAAUACAAUAAUAUACCUCCUGUGCGAAUUGUAUUUCUUUUAACAUUAAAUGGAAGAGCUGUAAGACAGGUGUAUAGAUUAAUUAAAGCACUAUUUCAUCGUGAUCAUUAUUUUUUUAUACACGUAGAUGCUAGACAUGAUUACAUGUUCAGAGAAUUAUUAAAAAUUGAAUUAAAAUUGAGUAAUGUUCGAUUAUCACGGCGAAGGCAUUCCACCAUCUGGGGAGGUGCCUCUUUAUUAACCACCCUGAUGGAUGCUAUGUCAGACCUUGUACAGUCUUCUUGGGAUUGGGAUUUUGUUAUUAACCUUAGUGAAUCUGAUUUUCCAAUAAAGUCAAAUGAUGCAUUGGUAAAGUUUUUAACUGUGAAUCGAGAACAUAAUUUUGUCAAAUCACAUGGUCGUGAAGUUCAACAAUUUAUACAAAAACAAGGACUAGACAAGACAUUUGUAGAGUGUGAAGCUAGAAUGUGGCGUGUAGGAGAAAAAGAAUUACCAAAAGGCAUUAUAUGGGAUGGUGGUAGUGAUUGGCUAGCAUUAUCUCGACCUUUUGUUGAUUAUCUAGUGGCUGGUGAUACUCUUAUUUCUGGUCUAUCACAAUUCUUCAAAUAUACUUUAUUACCAGCUGAGUCAUUUUUUCACACUGUAUUAAGGAAUUCACCUUUUUGUGAAACUUAUAUUGAUAAUAAUUUACACGUAACAAACUGGAAAAGAUGGCUUGGUUGCAAAUGUCAAUAUCGUCAUGUGGUUGAUUGGUGUGGUUGUAGCCCAAAUGUUUUUCGAUAUGAUGAUUGGAAUCGUAUAAAGAACACUGAAAAGAAACAAGUAUAUUUUGCUCGUAAAUUUGAACCUAUUAUAAACUUGUCUAUUAUAGAUACACUAGAAGUUUGGUUGUAUGGAGACUACCCUACAGAUUUUAAAAACCGUAUGAGCUAUUGGCAAAAUGUAUAUCAUUAUGAUGAUGUAUAUCCAGCACCUGAUGAAUCACUACUUAUUAUUGGAAACAGUCUUGCUCGAGUUGCAACUAAAUAUCUCACUACAUCACAUACAACUUGUCAAAUCCGUAGUCUUGAUAAGUUACUACAAGUUUUCACUUAUCAUCACAAAGAUAAAUUUAAAGGGUUUUUAAUUCAAUAUGAAGUUAGUUUUUCAAAUACUUCUAAUAAAUUAUUGUUUGAAAGUUGGUGUUGGCCAAAGCUACAAGGAAUCAUUAUACAUAAUAGAGAUCCAAUCAAUAGGUUAUUGAAUUUCAUUGUCAGUUCAGAUUUUGAUAAAAAAGAACAAAUGUCUAGGAAUUUUAUACGUCUCAUAAGUCCUUAUACAGAGCCAGUUUUGAUACACCAGUGGGCUACUGGUGAACACAGUUUUACAGUUACAUUUUUAUGGUUAAAUCCAUAUGACGAACUGAUUAAUGUUACAUCUACAAAUAUUGAGGAAUCAGCUUUGAUAACAUUUGGUAAACCAAAUCUACCAAUGCCAUUGUCACAAGGAAUAUGGACUGUAUUGCUAGUUUAUGAAAAUGUAACUAUGGCAUAUACUCAAUUUCUAGUUACUCCGUCAUAUACUUUUAGAGAUGCAUCUAUUCCUGCUAGUCAAAUGAACUUUAUAAAUAAAGCCCAAAAUUAUAAACAAUCUUUUGAAGAUUGGACUAAUGUGAUAAAAGAUUUCAAAACUUCAAUAGUAUUGGAAACAAAAAAUAAAUUUAUCGAUCGUACCAAAACUAAAAUGACCAGUUGGAUUGAUGGUCUAAUUACAAGUGCUUAUAAUGUAUUAGAGACCUGCAUUGUGGUUCCUUGUAAAUCUUUAAAUGAUUGUGGUCUAAAAGAGUUAGUCACAUGUGCUGAAACAUCAUGGAGUUCUUAUUCACCUGAUCCAAAAUCUGAUAUUAAAUCAAUUAACAAGGAAUCUGGAACUCUUAACAGAUAUUAAUUAUUAGACUGACAUAGUGCCAUAUCAUUAAAAAUUAUACUACUUUUUUUUAAACUUAUUUCUAUUCAUAUAUUUAUAAAUAACUGUUAUAACUGUUAACUGGCUAUUUAUUUGUAUUUAUUUUAUUGUUUGAUGUAUUAUAAUUUAGUAUUUCUAAUUUCUUUUGACAAAAUUAGUUCAAAAAUUUUAAAUUACAAUACACAAAAUACAUUACAUUUUAUAAUAGAUUUUGUUUGCAGGGAUUAGAAUUUGUUUAAUUGUGUAUAUUUUAUGUACAGACUUAACAAGGCAUUUUAUUUACAUUGUUUGAUCAUCAUACAUUUUUAAUUUGUUUACCAAAAUAAAUUUACUAUAACUAAUUAUUAUGAAAAUCUUUUAUCAAGUUAGUUUUUUCACUUGUUACCAUUAUCAUUUAAGGAGAUAUAAAAUUGGUUUUCUAUUAUGAGCUGAUAUGCCCACAUGGAAAUUGUAAUUACCAUACCAGUUAUAUUGCUUAAUAUUAAAUAUUUUUAUUAGUAUGUUUAAAUAUAGUAACUAUAUAUUAAAUUUUUGUAAUAAAUAAACAGAAAUCAUAUAAAUUUA